ACACGAAAGAAAAUGGCCGCCCAAAACGUUCCUUGCUCAUUUCUGCGAGCCGCCGCUCUUCGGAGGAGUUUUUCCCACAGUCCAGCCGCGGCCGCUUCGGUAACCGCUGAGCAGAUGGCGGAGAAGCUGCGGGAGCAGAAGAAGCCGAAAGUGGCCCCGGAGGUUCCAAAAGACCGAGUACUGAGGCGAGUGCAAGAAUAUGUUCAGCAGACCCGAUGCUUCCAGCAGCUCCAUCCUAACGUCCUAGCCAAGGUUCUCAAACAGGGGGUCCUCUACACGAACGAAGAUAUUGUAGUAAUAAACAAGCCUUAUGGACUUCCUGUCCAUGGUGGCCCUCGGGUGAAGACAUGCAUUACAGAUGUGCUGCCAAUAUUGGCAAAGAUGUUAGGGGGCAUGAAAGCUCAACCUCUGCAUUUAUGUCACCGGCUGGACAAAGAAACUACUGGAGUGAUGGUCCUAGCGAAAGAUGAGAUGAUUGCACACCGGGUCCAAGAGAUGUUUAAAACCCGUCAGGUGGAAAAGAAAUACUGGGCGAUUUGUAUUGGAAAACCAGAGCCGGAAGAGGGGCUGGUGGACAUUCCCAUUCUGGAGAGAGAGGUGGAGAGCCACCAGAAGCACUUCAAAAUGACACUUGCGCCAAAUUAUCGUCUAUCUUUAGAAGACAAAAAGUUGCGCAAAGUGCGCCGGAACAAAGAUGCUCACUUGGCAGUGACCCAGUAUCGUGUGCUGAGCAACUGGUCCACUUGUUCUCUCCUUGAAUUGGAACCAAUCACAGGAGUGAAGCAUCAACUCAGAGUCCACUUGGCUUAUGGUUUAGGUUGCGUAGUCCUUGGGGAUCAUAAGUAUUCUCACUGGAGCAAGCUAGCGCCACAGAAACUCUCUCCAGGUACAUUGAAGAAACUGGGUUUGGAGCAAGUCAAAGCCCGCUACCUCCCUCUCCACCUACAUGCCUGCGAGCUCACCCUGCCUCCAAUAAACAGCAGUGAGGAGCAGAAAAUCCACCUGUUUUGCAAGCCACCCGUCUUCUUCACGCGCUCCUUAAAACGGUUAAAGCUAGAAUUUCCAAAACCGGAACAAAAAGAAACUAAGAGUGAUUAGCUAGGCUACUUCGUUCAUGGAACGCCUUUUCCUGACUUUCUAAAGCCAUGGGAGGAUCCCGUGAAAGGUGAAGCGCCCGGAACCUGAUGUUCUCAGCUGGGAAAUCACAACGUAUGCUUCUCUGGAAGCUUGCAGCCUUUCAGAGGAAACGCCUGCCUAGCAACUGAAAACCAAACUGAGGAACAGUCACCAAUCUCCCAGGGCCUGUAUGCUGGUUUCAGAUGCAACUGGGAGAUUUGGAAGAAUUCAGUGGUUUAUAUGAGCUGCUACAUCUGGAAUAAGAAUUAAUUGGGCAUGUUUUUUCCAGUAUUGGCUGACGCUCAGCCAAACAGAGUUAGCUGUUCUGCUUAAAUAAAGGAUGUGGCCUGUGCUGAA